CCCAGCCCUCCUCGCUGCUCUCCUCCACACGCACAAAACGCUCUGUCAUGGCGUCUUCCAACAAUGUUACCCCCACCAACUGUGGCUGGUGGCCAAUCUCCGCCAUGGACGAGGACGGCAAAGUCCCAGACGGGGACGAGUGCGAGGAGCCCACGGCGGAGAGCAAACCUUUCAACAAAGACAGGCUGGUUUUGUACCACUGGACGCAGUCCUUUACCUCCCAAAAGGUCCGUCUUGUCAUCCACGAGAAGGGGCUGGUGUGUGAGGAGAGAGAUGUGAGCUUGCCACUGCAGGAGCACAAAGAGCCAUGGUUCAUGAGGCUGAACCUUGGCGAAGAGGUGCCUGUCUUCCUCCACGGCGACAACAUCAUCAGCGACUACAACCAGAUUAUAGACUACCUGGAGACCAACUUUGUCGGAGACACAGUGGCCCAGCUGAUUCCAGAUGCAGACUCGCCCAUCCACGAGCGUGUGCAGCAGUAUCGUCAGCUACUGGACGGGCUUCCGAUGGACGCUUACACGCACGGAUGCAUCCUCCAUCCAGAGCUCACCCUCGACUCUAUGAUCCCAAAGUACGCCACCGCUGAAAUACGUAGACAUCUGGCCAAUGCAGCAACAGAGCUGAUGAAGUUAGACCACGAGGAGCCCCAGCUGACAGAACCAUACCUGUCUAAGCAGAAGAAACUCAUGGCCAAAAUCUUGGACCACGAUAACGUGAACUACCUGAAGAAGAUUCUGGGAGAGUUAGCCAUGGUUUUAGAUCAGGUGGAGGCUGAGCUGGAGAAAAGGAAACUGGAGUAUCAAGGUGAAAAGUGUGAGUUGUGGCUAUGUGGACCUGACUUUACACUAGCUGAUAUCUGCCUGGGAGCCUUGCUGCACAGGCUCAAGUUCUUGGGACUUUCUAAGAAAUACUGGGAGGACGGCAGUCGGCCCAACCUGCAGUCUUUUUUUAUGCGUGUGCAAAAACGCUACGCUUUCCGCAAGGUCCUGGGCGACAUCCACACAACACUCCUAUCCGCAGUGCUGCCUAACGCCUUCCGGAUGGUAAAAAAGAAGCCGCCGUCCUUCUUCGGGGCCUCCUUUCUAAUGGGCUCCCUCGGAGGGAUGGGCUACUUCGCCUACUGGUUUUUAAAAAAGAAAUACAUGUAGUGAAUGCUU